GUACAACACUAAUUUUAACAGCUGGUAACACUAUCUAUACAAUCUGUAAUCAGCCAUUGAAAAAGUUGUUGAUGCUGAAUUUGAUUGUUGGAUCUUCAUACAUCGUAUUGGAUUUUUAUUGUUAAAGUCAAGACAUUAACGUUUUAUUGAAUAAUAAAACAAUCAAGGUUAACUGAGAUUUACUUCUGUAACCAGCAAGCUCGAAUAUGUUACCGUAAACAUUUAUGUAAAAAUAUGAUCUUGACCAAUUCUGUGUAAUUCAAAUAAUUUACGUAGUUACCGAAUUUGUACAGUCGUCUUCAUGUUGACUUUGUGCCACAACUACUUUCGAGUUACUAACAACAACAAGAAUAGCAAAGAUGUGCCCCAACGCUUUAACAAGAGGAAGUUUGCGUUCGGCGUUUUCAUUCUGUUGUUGGUCGUUAUACUGUGGGUGGUAUCCUCUGAGAUGACGAAAUAUCUGUACAUAGAGAAGCAUAUAGAGAGACCAUUUCUUGUAACCUAUGUGAGGAGUUCCCUGCUGUUUAUUUAUUUGUUGGUAUUAUGUUUUACGCCACCAACAAGAGAUCCUUGUCAACCUGCUGACUAUACACAAUUAUUGGAACAAACCGGAGAGACAGAUGAUGAAAGCUACUUUAAUGAAUCCACAAACAGUUUGGGUGAUUCUACUUUUGUGCCGGUCCGAGCUGGGGAGACUACAGACAGUGAUGAUGCAGCACCAAGAGCUGUUCGAUUUAAUAAAGUGGCGGAGGUUCGUGUAAUGUCGGCGGCUAUGGCAAGCGAGGCGUUGUUAGCGCGGCUGUCGUGGGCCGCGUCGGUGCGCGCCACCGAACACGCCCAGCGCCGCGCCGCAGCCGCCGCCACGCGACGACAUCUUAGACUCGCGCUUCUCUUCUGUGUACCUUGGUUCAUAUCAAAUUAUCUGUACCGGCUGAGCUUGUUGCACACGUCGACGGGUUCAGCGACUAUAUACACCUCGACGGCGGGAGCGCUGGCGCUCUCGUUCGGUGCCAUAUUCGCGCAAGUACCCAACGACCGGUUCACCCUCUCCAAGUGUAUCGCUGUCUUACUCACUGCAGCUGGACUGGUGGUAUUAGGCAUAUCAGAAAGUCACCAAACAAAUUGGAUAGCGGUACUGGCAGCUUUGGGUUCAGCGUUAUGUUACGCUGUACAUUUACUUUUAUUUAGACAAGCUUUAAGAAACGGCGAUGAUAUCAACUCGUCGUUACUCGUUGGUCUGGUGGGGUGUGCAUGUGGUUGCCUGACGUGGGUAGUGGGCGGCGUAUUGGCAGCCACGGGGGUGGAGCGCGCCGAGCUGCCCCCGCCGCGACAGUGGACCUGGCUGCUACUCGACGCCGCGCUCGGACCAUUGCUCAUCGACUCGCUGUGGCUGUGGGGACGAUCAUUAACAUCGCCACAAGCGGCAACAAGCAUCUUAGGGCUAGCGGUGCCUCUGUCGCUGUGUGUGGAGGCAUGGCGCGGUAGCGGGGCCGGUAGUGGCGGCGCCUGGCGAGGCCUGGCCGCAGCCCUAGCCGGCGCGGGCUGGGCGGCCGCCGCCACGCAACUCCCGCGAGACUUCGCCCUCUUCACCUGCGUCACCGACCGACUACGGGCCGCUGAAGGCUUCACGGUGAUAAGAAACAUUCCGGACCUGGAUGAGCAGUCGGAAGCGUUGAUGUCCUCGGACGAGCCCACGUAGCGCUACUCCACACGCAACUCCUGCUACGAGAGGAAUCACUUGAAAGUCUGAGCCGCACACAUACCCACGUAGCGGCUGUUACUUUACAACCAUGUAUAUAGACAUUACCGAGUCCCACGACUUCAACACUUGUGACUUUAUCCAUUCCGUAUAGUAUACGCUACCUUAUUUUAAGUGCAUAACGUCUUAUGAAACCCCUCGGCCCAAGGGCCUCAUAAAGCCUGUGAUCUAGAUCAAUUAUAAUAUUUAGAUUUUCAGAGCUUCAACUAACACGAAGCGUACUUUAGUAUGCAAGCUGGUUACGCCAGUAGCUCUCAUUCAUUUCUUGUUUUAUUACCAUUAUUUUCUGGCACCAUUUUGUAAAGCCUCAGUUUGGCGUGUAGCUAGUCGGGUGUCAACUUAUCUUAUAAAUACACCCUCAAGUAUUUGUGUGGUCACACCUUGUUACACCUAGUCUAAUAUAUAUUAAAUAAUUAAAUCUAGAAAUCUAUUAGGUGUAUUAAUCGUUAAAUUGUGUAAAAUUUCUUAAUUUAUAUCUUAAAAGUGUUAAAAAUUAUGAAAAUAAUCAUCAAUAUUAUUGUCAUAUUUGUAUAGAAGAUCUUGAAAAUUUUAAUAUCUAUACAGUAUAAUGUUGUAAAUUGUAUAAUAAAAGUAACAUUAGCUUUGUGUGAAUAAAUUGUUUAAUGUACAUCUUAAUACUGUUUGAUGUAUACUCAACUAUUAGAUAAAAACAAAAGUGUUUGAUUACAUGCAUCUGUACCUAUAGAUACUAUUUAGUUCUUAUAUAAAAGUGAUACAUAUUUAUUUAUUCACUACUGUUUGUGCCUUUGAUCUCUGUUUUUAGAGGUAAAACAAUGAAGGGCUUAAUUCGCGGAAAUUAUUUCAGACUUGCUUAUUUGUUUGUAGUAAUUGUACUUAAUUGAUAUUGGCGUGUUGCUAUUCGUAUCGUUUUAUAUUUGCAUUUAUCUGACGAUCAAAUUUGAAUUGGAAUAUUUAUUGUUAGUGUUAUUUUGUUAUACCUAAAAUUUUUUAUGUUUAAACUCAUCAUUGUUUCGGUAGGUUCCUGACAAUUCAAUCAAAAAUCUAAAGUUUGCUAAGAUGAAGUAGCAUUUCUUUGAUUUUUUGUAUACUAUUUGACAUACUUCCUAUUUGAACUAUGUAAAUAGAUAAACUAACAGCUAUAUUUGAUUAUAUUUAUACUAUCUUCCUGUUGUAUAUUGUGUUCUAUCUGUAAUUGACACAGUAUUAUCUAAGUGAAUUAUUUUGUGUUAUGAGAGUAGUAGCAAUAGAUUUU